AAUGAAUAUAGUUUUCCGGAUCUGAUUCUAAUCGUGAUUUGAUCCGGAUUCUUAUCCUAAUUGAAAUCCACCACGACACUGCAAACCUUAUGCUACCGUGGUAGCGGCAAAACUUCAUAGACUAGGAACCAAUAUGAUUGCAUCGCCUACGUCGAAAUGAGUGUACGCGCGGUGGAGGAGUGAGGGUCAAUGGAAUAAGUCAAAGAUGGAAAUAUGUAGGAGCGUGGAGGAUCACUGAUGGCUUUAUCUGUACCCUUCAAGUGGCGUCUAUCUGUACCCUGCUAUGUGGCGGUCUAUCUGUACCCUGCUAUGUGGCGGCCUUGCACCCUGCUGUUGGCGGUCUAUCUGUAUCCUGAUAGUGGCGGUCCUGUACCCUAGCGCAUUUCCCCGUCCAUGUGGAAUGUUAACCGUCUCGAGGAGUGACUCGAGUACGCCACUGUGCUCCCCUAGCUCGCUCUUCAAGGCCCGAGCCUUCUUAUCUUGGCUUUGGAAUUCGCGAAUCGUCUGAUGAAGAAUAACGCUGCAUUGAAGGCAACGGUCACCAGAGCGACGAUGCCAGAAGAGAGGCUUAGUGGAUCUGCCAUAUGGUGCAGUGAAUGCUACGGUGGUCGGGUUGGAGAACGAGAGGAUUUCCAGAUGGCAGCGUGCUCGGACAAGCUUCAGGCUUAUGCGGGGUCCCCAGCUAAUCUAUAACUACCAAACUAAGCGCC